AUCAGCUGUGUCCAAUCACAGCUGAUCGCAUGAGAGCCAGUAAUCUGCUUUACUCAGAGGGGACAUGUACAUUGAUCAUCAGGGCACUGAUGAUCAGUGUGCCCUGAUGAUCAGUGUAUCCCCAGAAGUGCCACCUGUCAGUGUCCAUCAAUGCCAGCUGUCAGUGCUCAUCAAUGCCACCUGCCAGUGCCACAUCAAUGCCACAUAUCAGUGCCCAUCUGAGCUGUCUUUCAGUGCCACCUAUCAGUGCCAGUCAGUGCCACCUAUUAGUGCCACCUAUCAGUGCCGCCUAUCA